CCGUUCAGCUAGCAGCUUGCGGCUCAUUUUUCUAGCUUGCCUCCGAUCCAGUGGAAACGUAAUUUGUUUGGGUAUAAAAGAACGAAAGAACGUGAGAAAAUAGUAUUGAGGUAGAGCGACUGCGAGGAAGAAAAUGCCGAAGAGAACAACGCACACGUACUCAAGCGAGGACGCUGCACCAGAUGGACCUGACUCUGAUCUUUUCGUCUACUAUUGUAAGCACUGUGGUUCCCACGUCCUUAUUACUGAUACCCAAUUGCAGAAAAUGCCCAAGAGAAGGACUGACAAAGCAUAUGUGUUGGACAAGAAAAAGCAUCUUGCUAGGCUUAACAUAACUGAGGCAGGAAAAGUUCUCUUGAGGAGGGGAGAAGGGAAAUUGGAGAAGCAAUUCCGUAUGAACUGUAUAGGUUGUGGCCUGUUUGUUUGCUAUCGGGCUGAAGAAGAUCUGGAAACUGCUUCUUUCAUUUAUGCUGUUGAUGGUGCCCUUAGUACAGUUGCUGCAGAAACGAACCCGCAGGAUGCUCCUGUUCCACCUUGCAUAUCACAGUUAGAGGGAGGACUUGUUCAAGUGGCCAUAGAGGUGGAAGAUCGUGCACAACGUUCAGCAAUUACAAGAGUAAAUGCAGAUGAUGUACGAGUCACUGUAGCUGCACCUGCAGCCCGUGGUGAAGCUAACAAUGAACUUUUGGAAUUCAUGGGAAAGGUGCUGGGUCUGAGACUGAGCCAGAUGACUCUUCAGAGAGGAUGGAAUAACAAAUCAAAGCUUCUCGUGAUUGAGGAUUUGUCAGCCAGACAGGUGUACGAGAAACUUCUAGAAGCUGUGCAACCUUGAUGCCUUUCGGUUACAUUUUGGGUUCAAAUUCUGUGUCAACCGUGAGAAAUGACGUUACCCUUAAUGAGUCUGUUCAACUGUGUAAUUUAUGGAUUUUGCUUGGAUUCAUCGUCUAAU